AUGCGGGUCAUUCGCAAGAUUGACGAUGCAGACGAGCUCAUCCAAUCGUUCUUAGCAUCCGAGGAAUUCAUACUCUCUCAGAAUGAUGCCUCGCCGUCACUCGCUCCCCAUGAUCAGGAGCGUUUGCUCGACUUUCCAAAUGCCGAAACUCAAGCAGCGAACAUUGCUGAAUCGACUAAGCUAUCCAAAGAAGAUCUCCUUGAGCGUGCUGUCGAGUCACCCUCGCAGCUGACCGCCGCAGAGAUCUCUCUGCUCAAGAACCGCUACUGGAUGAAUGUCUCGCCAGGGGAGGAACGUGAAGUCUCACGGGCAGCCGGGCUGAUCAUGGGACCCGAUAGAGUCUCAGAAGAGGAGUAUGAACAAGCCCAGAAGCGUCUCGGGGCGGUACGCCACAUGCUCUAUGCAGAAAAUGAAGAGAAAGCCAUCAACAAUGCUAUCACAGAGCACUGGAGGCGCGAAAAUGAAUCAUGGAAAGCGAGACAGAGGCAGGAGACUGAAAAUGCCUUGUCCAAGGCGCGCCCAUGGGUGAGACGUCUGUGGGAGGAGGACAAAGGGGAGAAGGUUUGGGGGUAUGGCAUGUUCAUCGACCCAAAGGCGUUCGCCAACGACGAAGAAGCCGAUAGGUACAUGGCUCGGAGAGAUGGCGUUCUAUUCCACGCUCGCGACGCGGUUGGGGCGGGAAGCAGUGCCAUCAAUAACAAGUGGAAGUUGCAGAAGCUUGAGUGGCCUACCAGUGAUGCUGCAGGUGGCGGCAAGGAGAUGAGCGCCAGACAAGCUGUUGGUCGAGGCGACGCAGAAGAGGAUACUAGUGAGCUGACUAUUGACGAGGACCAGAGAGGUGGAAGAGAGGACGAAGAGAGACUCGCCAGCUUCCGCAUCUUGCGUACAAGGUUCAAUUCUAUCCGAGACAGAGGCACAAGGAGUCAAACACAAGAAGGCAUCGUCUCUGGCGCACCUGUGUAUUCAGAAACCAGUGCUCUAGAAGGCGGCAUUAUACGAAGCGUCUUUCUGAUGGUAGACAAGCCAAGCGUCAAAUCGGUCCUUGGUGCACAUAGGCUCGUCGACGACAUGUGGGUUUGGGCUGUUGACCCUGACCACGACGAUGUGGACGAGACACUUACCACAAACGAUGAAGCACGGCAAUCAGAGACGCCCAGAAGAUACAGAGGAUUCAUGCGUGUACGGCUGCAACAGCUUGUCAAUAACCUCUAUGACGUGCGACGCUUUCACCAGAGAGAGUACACAGUGAAGGAACUCUGGGAAGCCGCUCAGAAGAGCAAGCAUCAAGCCUUUGUUUCAAUCCAUGAUGUUGAGGCCCGGAUUUGGAGUAUUGAUCGGUUCGUGGGGAGUGCCAUGAGAGCGCAGCCACCGCGGAUUGUAUACGGACCUAUACCAACGACUUCUGCCGAAAAGUUGGUUCACAAAUAG